CCUCGCCCCUCGUUUGCCUCUUCCUUCUCAAACGCAAAACUCAUCUCACACUGGCCAGGGGAGCGUCCCGCUCAAGGGAAAGAACAAAUUCCUUAAUUUCUGGUUUACGGUGUUUUUGGGUAGAUGGCUUUUCGAGGUCGGGGGCGGGGACGGGGAUAUGGAGGCGCCGGUGGCUAUGGAUUUGCCAAACAAGAGCCAUUUGAGCUUUUCCCUGAUAUUGAAUUGCCUAACAUCAAAAGCGUGCAUAAGGAAGAAACCCUAGUUAGGGAGAGUGUAAAGUUGCAAAAUUUUUGGAAGGCCUCUGCUUAUUAUCUUGACGAGACUGAUUCUAAAAAUAGCCGAAGCACAGAGAUAGAGAGAUAUUCUGACAUGACAAAACCAAAGACUACAAUAACUCGUGAUUCUCUUUCACAAAUUUUAGAGCUUAAAAGAUUUCCUCAAGAACUGAUCGGAGGUUCAAAGGGGCAACGGCCAAGUCAGAAAAAAGUUAGAUGGAAUCCAGAGUCAGAGCUGCAGAAGCUAGAUUAUUUAGAAAAGCUUGAACAAAGGGCUCAGGGCCAAGAGAAUAAAGAUGAAAAGGAAAAGAAAGAAGGCGAAAAUGAAGAUGAAGAUGAAAACGAAGGAGAAGAAGACAUUGAGGAAGAACCUAGUGAUGAUGAUUAUUUUCAGGUUCCUAAAAAACAUAUGCUCUAUGUUCCGGAUUUGUAUUGGUUUGCGUUCCUAGUGAUGCGUGGUGUGAUUAUUGCCUUUAAGACCCACAUUGGCUUUAUCCAUGAUGUGAUGGCAUUAUCAUCACAAUGCUGUUCGGAUGAAUUCAUUCUAAAAUAUGAAGGCACAAAUGUAUUCCUAGGAACUAAAUUAAAUAUUGAGGCAUCACGUAAGUUGUUAAAAAAUGAGGUAAUGAGGUUGAACAAAACCUACUAUAGGAUCUCUGCAUAAAAGGGGAUCCAUCCUUGGUAGAUAGUACAUUACAUGGUAAUCAAACUUUCUCGUGGAACCUCUGAAGGAUGAUCUUUACAAUAGGCGAAAAAUCGAGGAUAGAACUAUCUAAAUUCAGCAAAGGAUUCCUAUCAUAAGGCAAUUAAUGUGGCAGAUUACCUAGGUAUGAUGAGACGUUCACUCUUUCUCUUCUGCGUUGUUCCUAUUUGGAGAAUUAGCUUCCCUUACCAACUUACAAUGCUUUUAUUGGGGCUUUUGUGUAAGGUGGAACCCUGGCCUACCAGACUAGCAGUAUUCUGUUGAAGUCUACAUGAUAGCUGCCAUUUGGUCGUCAAAAAUCAAAUAGAAACAUAUUUCUUCUGAUAUUAUCUAGCUGUAGGAUAAUGCAAGUAUUGAAAAUUUGAAAGAAUUGUGUGCAAUUGGAUAACAAAUUUGCUGGAUGAGAUUGCAGAAGAAAGCAUCACUUAACCUAAUGGUUCUUUGAGGCAACUUUUUCUUCACUUAUUAUUAUUUUUUUCGGCGGGGAGGGGGAAGUUUCGUUUUUCAUUGAUUUUUCUCCUGGUAUGGGAUCGUACUUGACCAUUACAGGUUUUCCCAUAUACUGAGAAGUGAAAAUUCACCAUUAACUGCAUUGAUAUUUGUCAUCUAUUUUUCAUAUACUAUGCAAUCCUGCAGAAUGUCGAGUUUGAUGAUGAUGACGAUGAUUUUAACGAUGUUGAUGAUGGUGGUGAAGGUAUAUACCUUUGACUGAUGCUAAACUCGUCUAAUGCUUUUGAAGUUUUCCUUGUACUUGAAUCGCCCGGUUUUUAACAUUUAUGAUAGAUAAUUGACUCCUCAAUGUUUGCAGUACCUAAACAAUACUAACGGUUUCAAAACAUUGCAGAUGAAGGUACUUUUUAAUAGAUACGGGAAGAAUUUUCUUCUGGUCUUCUUUAGCAGCUUGAGGCAGGUUUCGCGUAUAUGGAAGUAUUCCUUUUCUUAAUUGGAUUAAUUUGGGAUCUUAAAUUUCACCUUGUCACCAUAUGAGGCUUCUAAUGUAUGAAUUUCCUGCUUGACAAAGAUGUAGAGAAGUGAAGUUUUAGUCAGCAUUUUUUAGUCUUGGUGAAGUGUGUUACUUGUGUUGCUAACCGCAAAGGGUUAGUCUAAGUGGUGAAGGCCUUGGUCUUGGAGUAUCACUCCCUUCAAGAUCCAAGGUUCAAAAUCUCAUGGAUGCAAAUAAUUCUUUAGGGCCAUACUCCUGGUGAAAAGUCAGCGAUUUAACCAAUUUUAUGUAGGAAAACUUAUGAGGGUGCGGUGCAUGGGACUGGGGUUUACUUUGCAUGGAUGGGUUCAAAGAGCCCUGCCUUGGAGAGGUUUCCCAUUACUUGUGCUAUUUAGAGAGAGAGAGAGAGAAAAAAAUCUACAUGUAACUAAUUUUGUUCAAAAUAUAUCUGUUAAAGCAUGAUAUAAACACCGGAGAAUUUCGAUUUUUUUAGUCAGUUUUUUA